UUAGUUGAUUGGUGAAAAGCUCUCUAGACUGGCAUGCUGACAUUCAUGGCGGAGCUAGCAUGCGGAAUACGGGAGUUAAAGGCUUGCCAUUUUAAUAAACAACACCACCAUUUCUCUUCUUCUUCUUAUUCUUUACUUGCUUGUUCAUGUUGCUUUAAGCAAGCCCCCUGGUGUUUCUGUUACUUAAUUUGCUUUUCCAUGGCAAAGAAGAAGGGAGGUAGUUCAUGGUUGAGUGCUGUUAAAAGGGCUUUCAGGUCACCAACUAAAGAUAACAGCUGUGACAAAAAGGCUAAAAGAGAACAUGAACUAGAGGAAGAUGAAGAAAAGAAAAGAGAAAAGAGAAGGUGGUUGUUCAGAAAACAGUCACAAAAUGCUCAACAAACUGAAGGGAAGGUAAUUGCUGAUCCAAAGCAUGCAAUUGCAGUGGCCGCAGCAACAGCAGCAGCAGCUGAAGCUGCCGUGGCCACAGCUCAAGCAGCAGUUGAAAUCAUACGGUUGACACGAUCCUCAAAUAAUCCACCUUCUUCAAACAGGCAACACAAUGCUGCUAUACUCAUCCAAACUGCAUUCAGAGGCUAUCUGGCUAGGAGGGCACUAAUUGCAUUGAAAGGGAUAGUGAAGCUACAAGCAUUAAUAAGGGGUCAAAACGUCAGGAAGCAAGCAAAGAUGACACUGAAAUGUAUGCAAGCUCUGCUUAGGGUGCAGGCUCGGGUUCGCGAACAACGUGCUCGCCUUUCACAUGAUGGAGGCCGCAGGUCUAUGUUUGCUGAAACCACUAAUUUAUGGGACUCUAAAUAUCUUCAUGACAUCCGAGACAGGAAGUCCAGAUCUAGAGAUGGAAGCUCCAUAGCUGAUGAUUGGAGGGAUUGCCCGAGAUCGCUUCUAGAGCUGGAAUCAAUGUUACAAGCAAGAAAAGAAGCUUCCUUUAAACGGGAAAAAUCCCUUGCUCAUGCUUUUACUCAACAGGUAUGGGAUGAGAUGGAUCUUGGUAGUGAAGAAAGAAAUGAGAGGGAACUAGAAGAGACAGCAAAUUGGCUAGAUGAUUGGAUGUCGUCCAAACAAUGGAACACGGCCAGCAGCAGAGGUUCAUUUGACAGAAGAGACUCUAUAAAGACCGUUGAGAUGGACACGGCUAAGUCCUAUUCUAACAUGGUUCCAAAUGCUCGAAGAUCACACCACUCGAGUCCACUUCACAGACAAGCUAGUAGUCCUCAUUGUGCUGCUAAUUCUCCCCAUCACCAGAGACCAUCACAUUACAAUUACUCCACAAUUCAACCACCAGCCACCCCACCCCCUUGUCAACCAAAACCUCUCCAAAUGCGCCCAACAAGCCCACGUAAAAGCCAAUCAACUGCAAACACUCCAUGCCUACGCUCCACUACCCGUUCAAACAGUAUAAUGUCCCGCUACAGCACUUCAGGAAAUGAUGCAGCUGCUGCAGUACCUAAUUAUAUGGCUGCUACUGAGUCUGCAAAAGCUCGGAUUCGUUCACAAAGCACGCCAAAACAAAGGCCGUCUACGCCAGAAAGAGAAAGAGUUGGGUCUGUUAAAAAACGUCUCUCUUACCCAAUUCCUGAGCCAUAUUCUCUUAAUGCUACCUAUGGCUAUAGUCAGAACUUGAGAAGUCCUAGCUUCAAAAGUCUUCAAGCUGCCUAUCUGGGAAUGGAACAACAAUCAAACUACUCGUGUUACACAGACAGCCUUGGUGGAGAAAUUUCUCCUUGUUCAACCACUGAUUUGAGAAGGUGGCUAAGAUGAGAAAUCCAGCAAUAGCAAUCAAGUAGUGAAUAAGGAUAACAGACACCAAGCCAGCUCUUGUGUGACCUACUUUCUUUAAUUUAGACGGGAAAUUCAGGGUGUAGGUUAAUGCUAGUUAUAAAAGAAGCAAGCAAUGUCUCGCCCUGGUCUGUAUUUCUUUGUUCAUUUUCUAGUUCACAGCAGAGGUAAAAUUUUGAAUUCUCUAAUGGUUCAUUUCCCUUA